GUAAAUUCCUCGCAUAGCGCUGUUGGGUAAAGAGAAUGAAAGGGAAGGAGGGGUAAACGCUCAACUUCUUCAACAGAAGGAAACGCUGUCUUUUUAUGCCAGUAACAAAACUCUCGGCCUGUUUUCGACGUCUGUUAUUCACUCAGGUCAGCUGAUCCACUCUGGACUUUAUCUGUGAUUAACAAUAUCUUAUGGGAUUAAAGAGGCUGUAUACCGAUGCGUGCAAGCGAACUGUCGUAGUCGGUUAUAUUAAAUUGUAUCCGACAUUUAAGAGACAUUAAACGAACUUUUUGACGGAUGGGGCGUAAUUUUAUAUAAUACGUCCGACGAUUUGAGAUCCGCACCCAGCUGAAGAAAAAGUUUAGAUCUUUAGAAAUGAAGAAAAUGUGAAGAAAAUAUUUAGGAUAAUAUUUUAGUACUUAGUAUUUGUGGAGUUGUUUUUAGAAAUGCGCUAUUCUUGCAUAUCCGUUUGCCACAUUUGAAGACGCAAACGAAUCGAAACCGUCCGUUUCCUUUAAACAAAGCCAACUCAUAUAUUGUCCUUUACAUGUGUGGAUUUUCCCUCAUACUCGACCAUGAGUAAGUUUGACUGACUUAAAAGCUGUUGCAGUUGAGCGAAAAGAUAAAUCCACCCGUUACAGAAUGCUGGAGAGAAAGUAUUAAAGAUGGCAUCGGCGAUUUUUGAGGGCACAUCCCUGGUGAACAUGUUCGUGAAGGAUUGUUGGGUUAACGGGAUCCGCAGGCUCAUCAUUAGAGGAGUGGAAGAAGAGUUUUUUGAAAUAAGGACUGAAUGGUCGGACAGAAAUAUACUCUACCUGCACAGAAGCUCCUCAGAUUUAGGAAGACUAUUAAAAAGACUAAUGGAGUGUUUCCCCGAGGACAGGCACGAUUUAUUAAAGUCCCCCCUGAUAGAAGGGCUUGUCAAGAUUAAAGAAGCAAGAGACAUUGAGACAAAGCUAAAUGAAGUGGAGCGACUGUUGAAGAAUUCCAUUAACAUGCCCUGGAAGUUUUCUAGGUCAGAGGUGGUCUUAACAUUCUUUGAACGCUCGCAGCUUGACCAGGUCCUGAGGAAUGACAGUGUCCACAAAAUUCAGCCAUGCUUUCAAAGUCCAAUUAAUAUUUCAGAGAUCAUGAGGUCUAAUGGGUUUUGCCUGGCAAACACAGAGACCAUUGUGUUUGAUGAGAGCAUUCCACUGGACAAAGAGAGACCCUCCUCUACUGACUCAGCCCAGCACUCGUAUGAUGAAGAUGGGAGAGAAUCUUUGGAUCCUAUAGAUCAAGACCUAAGUGACGAUGAUCCUGAAGCUUACGUCACUAAUCUGUCCUAUUACCAUCUGGUUCCCUUUGAAACUGACAUCUUGGAGUAACGCAAACAAUUCUGCAUGGAUGGAUAUUUUUGAGGGGCACUGAUCUUACCUAAACAGUCCAGAUACAGCAUGUAAUUUCUGGCAGGUGAUGAAUAUGCCAUAUUUUUUAUUGGUAGUGUUUAUGAUAGUAGGAUAGUUUGAAUGCAGAGAUCAUUACACCAUGUUCACCCUCGUACCUCAUUGUUUAACCUAGGCUCAUGUUGUUGCUGUACUACUAGGAACCAACAUAAGUAAGAAAUAAGCUGCUAUUCCUAGUGUACAGAUUAAUGGUGGCCUGAAAGAUUUGUUUCACUUUUGUGCAUUUGUAAAGUCCAGACUACACUGUUUUUGAGGUAGAUUUUUUUCAAGGCCCGAUGCCCAGAAAACCUGCCUGUAAAGCAAUCAUUUGGCAUCAGUGGAUAAUCUGCACAAUGUAAUAUUGCCAUUAUAACUUAAAAUUCUGAUUCAAAAACUGAAAAAAUGGCAUAUGUAAAAUUGCACACUUAUUUUUAUUACCUAAAAUCUUUUAUUUUGUUAUGAAAUCAAUUAUGCUUUAUUAAUCUUAGUGUUAAGGGCAUUGUCUUUGUUAGAAAAUUUAAAUCGCUCUCAGAAGAAAAAUGUAUAUUAACUUAUGGCAUGUAUUCUACAGAAUCACUGUGGAUAGUAGCCAAACUUUCUUCUUUUCUCUCGAAUACAAAGGGCUUGCACACACACUCCUACUUUGUAAUAGAGUCAUGUUUCCAUUCUACCCCUGAGAAAGUUCUGCUCUUUUUUUAGUUAACAAAUUUUGUAGCUUUUAUAAUCCGCUCCCACUUUUGAAGCAUACAAAUAGGAAGAAUAAAGUGAUUGGAACUGUAGGAGAGUGGGUCAAGUAAUUGUAUUAGAAAGUAUAUUUACAUAAUUACAAGUGAUCUGAUUAUUAAUUUGUUUUAUUCUUCAAGAUGAACAUAAUAUGUAUCAUACAUAUGCAUCAAACCUAGCCAAAUACUCCCUGUCUCACAUCUAAAAAAAAUUUUCAGGUGCUAGCGUUGUUUAAUAAUAAAGCCACGUUUUCAAGACUGUUCACACAUUCAGCGAUGCAGAAGUGUUUGUGGACCAAACUGAAUUUUCAUUGCUUUCAGCAGAAAUGCUCAAAGCAAUUUUGCUAAAUUAAAGCAAAAUGUUUUUUUUAUAUAUAAAUAGACUUUGGGACUUUGUUUUUGGUAUAUUAAAAAUAGGAUGGAAAUGCUUUUCUCAUUCACUCUUUGUGCUGAGUAGAUAAAAUGAAAAGAUUCAAACUUCAAAGAUAAAAGUUAAUAGAUUAUGCAAUGCUCCCUGUUUUUAGUGUUUUUUAAAUCAGUGCAUUAUGAAUGAAAUGUAUGUUUUGUGAAUGAGAAUUGUUCUCAGUGUUAUGAUAAAACAGGCUAAUUUUGAGACUGAUAUGAAGUGUUUUCUUGGUCUAAUUGACUUUUGAAGGUGAUAUGAAGCACUUGGUUAAGAUUCAUGUUGGUAGUGUAGAUUGUGUGAACAGUUUUGAAAACUUAUUAAAUAAUGCUUGGUAGCAGCUGAAAAGAACCGUAAAGGUCUUCUGGGACUCAAAUACUGCACAUACAGCACAAUAUUAUACAAUGAAUUAUG